UGACUUUGUGUCUGUGCUAUCUAGUGGAAACGCCCCUUGUCGUCCAAACGCGUGUCUUGCUUUGCACCCUGGGAUUGAUCCGUAUUUUCAUCAACCAUGGCGUCCCGUGUCCUAGCGCAGUGUGUCCGCCAGCUAACCCGGCCUUCUGCGAGGCUCUCGUCGGGUAACAUUGCAGUGAGAGCCGCAGCUGGCCCGGUCCUAUUCAACCCCCGACCGUUCUCCUUCAUUGCCAGCAGUCAACGGACCCGGUGGGUCGAACAAACGCGGAUCUCUAGCUCAGUGGGAGUGUUGUGUAGACAGUAUGGAGACCUGCCUCCCCUCACCGUUGAAAGCAUUAAAGAACGAGUCAUGUACGUCCUCAAGCUCUACGACAAGAUCAACCCAGAGAAGCUGGCGACGUCCUCCCACUUUCUGAAGGACUUGGGGUUAGACAGCUUGGACCAAGUAGAGAUUAUCAUGGCCAUGGAGGAUGAGUUUGGGUUUGAGAUCCCGGAUGUGGAGGCGGAGAAGCUGAUGUGUCCUCAGGAUAUCGUCCAGUACAUCGCUGACAAGAAGGACGUGUAUGAAUAAGGAGGAACCAGGAACUACACUCAGAAGUCCUGAUGAUGCUGUCCGACGGGCUGGGCUGGACAGGGUCUCCCCCCCCACCGCUUCUCUUCCUCCGUUCUCUCUGUGGCAUCAGAUGCCUUUUGUCUUGUGUUGUUCCACUGUAUUUAAUGAAAAUGUGUAUUUUCCUCCUGACUUUGGGAGGUGAGAAAUAAACAUGACUUUAUGGUUGGA